UAUCGAGCGCGAUAUAGAGAGAGAAAGAGAAGUGAAAGCUAGAGAGAGAGAGAGAGAGAGGAUGUCGUCGACGUUGCUGGAAGUGACUCGGGCGGCACACGAGGAGGUAGAGCGGUUGGAGCGGCUGAUAGUGAAGGAUCUUCAGAAUGAACCUACCUCCAACAAAGAGCGUUUGUUUCAGAGCCACCGCGUCAGAACCAUGAUCGACACCAUCACCUCCUCCACUGAAAAACUCAUUGAUAUAUAUGAAGAUAAAGACGGUGCGAGGAAGGACGAGAUUGCUGCACUUGGAGGCCAAACUGCUACUGGAAUCAAUGUUUUCAGUGCCUUCUAUGAUAGACUCAAGGAGAUACGAGAGUAUCAUAGGAAGCACCCGGUUGCGCGUGUUGUUGAUGCUAAUGAAGAUACUGAUGCACUUCUUAAAGAGGAGCCUCAAAUUGAGUUCAGUGGAGAGGAAGCUUAUGGUCGAUACUUAGACCUGCAUGAAUUGUAUCAUCAGUAUAUAAAUUCUAAAUUUGGGGAGCCAAUCGAGUAUUCUGCAUACCUUGAUGUUUUUUCGGAUACAGAUAAGAUUCCACGUAAAAUGAAAUUGACCAGGAAGUACAGGGAAUACAUGCAGAAUCUUUUGGAGUAUCUGUUAUACUUUUUCCAGCGGACCGAACCCCUACAAGAUAUUGAUCGGAUUUUCUCAAAGGUGACAGCUGAGUUUGAAGAAAAUUGGCUUGCUGGAAGGGUUCACGGAUGGGAGAAAGAUAAUCAGGAGAAUGGACAUGUACCUUCUCAACACGCUGCAAUUGAUCUAGAUUAUUACAGUACAGUUGAAGAGCUGAUGGAAGUGGGGCCCGAAAGAUUAAAGGAGGCACUGGCUGCGUUGGGACUUAAGACUGGUGGCACUGUUCAGCAACGUGCAGAGAGGCUCUUCCUCACAAAGCAUACUCCUCUUGAAAAGUUGGACAAGAAGCAUUUUGCUAAGGGAGCACAUGGUGUAGAUAAAAAUGGGGUUGCUGCAGUUACUCAAGAAGAUGGAAAUUCAAAAGAAAUUGCAUCAAUGGAGGCCAAAAUGACAAAACUGUGUGAUUUGUUAGAAGAGACAAUUGCUCGAACCAAAGACAAUAUUGUGAAGAAGCAAGCCCUAACAUAUGAGGAAAUUGAAGCAGAACGUGAGGAGGAAGAAACACAAGAGGACUCUGAAAGCGAAGAUGAGGAGCAACAGAUUUAUAAUCCCCUAAAAUUGCCAAUGGGGUGGGACGGGAAGCCUAUACCUUAUUGGCUAUAUAAGCUACAUGGUCUUGGUCAGGAAUUUAAGUGCGAGAUAUGUGGGAACUACAGUUAUUGGGGGCGUCGGGCUUUUGAGCGACAUUUUAAAGAAUGGCGCCACCAGCAUGGGAUGCGGUGCCUUGGUAUACCAAAUACCAAGAACUUCAAUGAAAUCACGUCAAUCGAGGAAGCAAAAGAUCUUUGGAAGAAGAUACAACAAAGACAAGGAACGAACAAGUGGCGCCCCGAUCUUGAGGAAGAGUACGAGGACAAAGAAGGCAACAUUUAUAAUAAGAAGACAUACACUGAUUUGCAGCGCCAGGGACUUAUAUGAGAAAGAGAAACUUCAGAGAUUUCUUUUCAAUUCUUCUAUUUAAAAAGAAAAUUAACAAUCCUGUCCUCACCUCUUCUAUGAAGUGGAAGCAGUUUGUUUUCUGCAGAGUUAAUAGGAGAAUGGUUGUAUCUUAACAAAGUAAUGUGCACUAGAAGGCAGAAGAGUGGACAGACAAAGCAAUAUUCUGUGACUUGUGUUGCAGUUUUCUGAGAAAUUGUGUACUUGUAUCAAUUCACACUCUAGGUUGCAUAGUAUCAAUUCUAGGUUUUUUGGUGUCAA